UGGAGAGGACAGCUCUCGUGUGUCCAUCACGUUCUUCAGGCUGUUUCGAGUCAUGCGAUUGGUCAAGCUGCUGAGUAAAGGGGAAGGGAUUCGUACGCUGCUCUGGACGUUCAUCAAAUCACUGCAGGCGCUGCCAUAUGUCGCUCUGCUCAUCGCCAUGAUCUUCUUCAUCUACGCUGUCAUUGGCAUGCAGACGUUUGGAAAGGUCGCGAUGCAGGAUCACACUCAGAUCAACAGGAACAACAACUUCCAGACAUUUCCUCAGGCUGUUCUCCUCCUCUUCAGGUGUGCGACAGGUGAGGCGUGGCAGGAGAUCAUGUUGGCGAGUCUUCCAGGAAAACGUUGUGAUCCAGAGUCCGACUACGAACCAGGAGAAGAAUUCAGCUGUGGCAGCAACUUCGCCAUUGUUUACUUCAUCAGCUUCUUCAUGCUCUGUGCUUUCCUGAUUAUCAACCUUUUUGUUGCUGUCAUCAUGGACAAUUUUGACUAUCUGACACGUGAUUGGUCGAUCCUGGGACCUCAUCAUCUGGACGAGUUUAAGAGGAUCUGGUCUGAGUACGACCCAGAGGCCAAAGGACGAAUCAAACACCUGGACGUCGUGGCUCUGCUCAGGAGGAUUCAGCCUCCUCUGGGGUUUGGGAAGUUGUGUCCUCACAGAGUGGCCUGUAAG